GAUUCGUCAUGUGUCGCUGAACGUCAUGAGGAAAUACUCAUUGUGAGGACUUGUCUGUCUCUACACUGUGGUUUAUUGUCGCCGAACAGCCUGAGAAGGAGCCGUUGAAGUGUCUGCUGUUCUUCGGGAUUCCUCCUCUCCUCUGUCGUUAUGUCCCCGUCUGCUAUUUCGAGCUGAAAACAUAAGAAAAGAAAAACCUUCUGAAGUUUAAACAUGGAGCCUCACUCUAAUCAUUCUUCAGAUAACCUCGCUUCAGUUGAAUCAACAGAUCCUCCACCGAGGAUGACAAAACAGCAGGUCCUGACCUUAUUAUCGAUGGCAUCUGUCAACUUUAGUUCAAUGAUCUGCUACUCGAUAUUGGGACCAUUUUUUCCCAAUGAGGCAGUAAAGAAGGGAGCCAACCAGACAAUUGUUGGUCUUAUAUUUGGCUGCUACGCAGUUAGCAAUUUAAUUGGAUCUCUGAUACUGGGAAGAUAUAUUGUCCAAAUAGGUGCAAAGUUCAUGCUCAUUACCGGGCUGUUUGUGUCAUCGUUCUGCACCAUCCUUUUUGGAUUACUCGACCGGGUUCCUGCAGGGACUGCUUUCAUUACGCUGUGCUUUAUAGUGAGGUCCAUUGACGCCGUGGGCUUUGCUGCUGCCAUGACCUCCACUUUUGCCAUGACAGCAAAAAUAUUCCCCAACAAUGUGGCGACUGUCCUGGGUAGUUUGGAGAUGUUCACAGGACUUGGUCUCAUUCUGGGUCCACCGGUCGGAGGAUGGUUCUACCAGUCAUUUGGAUAUGAAGUCCCUUUUAUGCUUCUUGGAUGCAUCCUCUUUGUCAUGGUUCCUUUCAACAUUUAUGUCCUGCCAAGCAUCGAAGCGGAUCCCUCGCAAGAUUCCUUCUUUCGGCUCCUCAGCCAUGUGAAAAUAGUCCUGAUCUGCUAUGUGAUUUUCACUCUCAGUGCAGGUCUGGGCUUCUUGGAUGCCACUUUGUCCUUGUUUGCUAUGGAUGAGUUUGAUCUCUCACCUGGCUACGUGGGACUCAUCAUGCUUGGGUUGUCUUUACCAUACUGCCUGGCAUCUCCACUGUUGGGGUAUUUUACGGAUAAAUUUCCUGGCACCAGGAAGUGGUUCAUGGUGAUAGGAGGUAUUGCCACGGCAACUGGCUUUUGCCUGCUUGGUCCCAUCCCUAUCUUACACAUUCCAAGUCAGCUGUGGUUGCUGAUCCUCAUGCUCGGGGUAAUUGGGUUUUCUCUGGGUAUGACUGCAAUCCCGACGUUCCCUGAGAUCAUCGCACAUGCAUAUGAACAUGGAUUUGAAGAGGGACUGAGUACACUUGGAAUGGUGUCAGGACUGUUUGGGGCAGUUUGGUCUUUAGGGAUGUUUUAUGGCCCAAUCGUUGGUGGACUUAUCACACAAUAUCUGUCCUUUAAAUGGGCCGCAGCAGUCCAAGGAGGCCUGGCAUUUCUUGCCGCCUUCUUCCUUGCUGUGCAUUACUCCUGUCAACCUAAACAACAAAGACGAAGCAUCCCAGAAGAUAGUGAACAUAGAGAUGAAAGUACACCUCUCCUGAUUGACUGAAGCCCUCAGCAUCAUGUGGAACUGUGUUAUACUGAACAAAACAAGACCUAAAUGUUUUAUAAAGUUUUUAUAUCAUUAAAUGCUUUUUAACAUUUUAAAUUAUACGUUUGUGGUUGCAGAUAUUGUAAUAUUUUCUACUUGCACUGUGGAAUAUGGACAUUUUUAACAUAGCAAUAUUGUUAUGUGUUUAUAAAAUGUUCAAAAGCUGUUUGUAGAGAGUUCUGAUAUAAAAACGUGCCUCUGUGUGACAGAGUUUGUGUUGGUACUGACUGUAUAAGCUGCAUUUUGACCUAAAUGUAACAGUAAAUAUAACCAACACUAUAGUCCCGUUCAGUUCAAACUUAAUGUGCCUUUUGUUCUUAGUAAUCUUAGUUUUUCAUAUCACAUGACUGGGAUUUCAUGUUGACGUGCAUCGCUAUGCUCACAUGUGGUAAAUAAGCUGUUUAUUAACAAGCUUAUUUUCCUGUUUGACAAAUUAAAUUUUGAGAAGGCAGCCUUUUGUGAGGUAAAACUGAACUGUAUUUUGAAGUAGUUCCCAAGAGUAUCAGGCUAAAUGCCAAUAAAUAACUCUAUCAUUUUGAUUGGAAUUUUGCAAAA